AUGUCCUGGAGCACCCUCGUGCUCGUCUGCAUCAUCCUGCAUCGCUGCCCCACCCUGCAUCAUGGUGGUGUGGUCGCCAUCGCCGCGCCCAUGCCACAACCCACCCUGACCUCCAUUGGCAUGGAGCUAGAGCUCCCUCGAGCUCUCCCGAAGCCCUCCCACGUUCCUGCGGCGUCCAGCGGUGGUGAUCGGAGGCGAUUGGUGGUGAUGGGGGAUACGUCUCCUAAGAAGAGCGACGGGAAGAGCGGCAACAGCGGUGGCGGAAAGUACAUGCCGCCAGCAGCCAGGAGGCCGAGCACAGGCGACAGUGAUGACGCCGUGGUGCUGGCUGCUCCAUCGAGAGCCACCAAUGUGCCCGUGCAGUACCCCAUGCUGACGGACACGAACUACUCUUUGUGGGCUAUCAAGAUGAAAGUGCUGAUGAAGGCGCUACGCGUCUGGUCGGUGAUUGACGGCUCCGGCGAGUACGACCAAGCGGCGGACGAGGGGGCCUUCGCAGCGCUCUCCCAGUCCGUCUCGGAUCAUGUUAUGCUGCAGGUUGCAGACUAUGACACCGCGCAGGAGGCGUGGGAGAUGAUCCGAUGUGCCCGCGUCGGAGAGGAUCGCGUGAAGAAGGCACGCGCGUGGCAACUGAAAAGGCAGUUCGAUCGCCUUAACAUGGCGGACGGGGAAACUAUCCCAAAGUUUGCCAGGAAACUCACCACACUGGUGAGCGAGAUCCGCUCCCUCAGCGUCACCUUUGGGGAAGAGGCCAUGGUGGAUCGUCUAUUCAGCGCCGUCCCGGAUCGCUUCGCCAACAUCGUCAACACCAUCGAGCAGUGA